AUGUCGUCUAUUAUCAGUGUGUCGAUCAAUAAAGAACAGCCAGCGAUGGUGCCUUUCGACCUGGACUAUCAACAAACUCUUGGAUCACCGUUCGUCUCUUUUAUCGAUCUGUCAAUGAUCAAUGAGCUUUAUGGAUGCAAAAAUUCAUGCGAUCCUGCUACUUCGGUGAUUUGUGAAAUGGGCGGUUUCCCAAAUCCGCGGAACUGCAGCAAAUGUGUCUGUCCUGGUGGUUAUGGUGGAGAUCGAUGUACAGAUGAAAGAAUUAUGGACUGUAAAAACAUGGAUUAUAGUUACCAUUCAGCCAAAGGCUGA